UCUUUGACUAGUGCCACCAAAAUUACAGCUAUCGCUGUCUCUAUUUUCCUUCUACAACACCAAUUCCCCUUCUCUUUCCACACAACUCCAUUUUAAAUUUCCCCUCUCCCUUCCCACUAUCGCUGUCCUCUCUCCAACCACUACCCUUUAACUCCUCUCACCACGCAGCUUCUUCCCCCCAUUCCUUAACGCAUAUCCCAAUUUUAUUCAGUAUUUGGUCAUCCCACAAAUAGCCGGUGUUCAGCCAACAUUUAUUGCCUCUUAAAUUUUUUUCAGUGACCGUUAAUCUUAAUAUUCUCCAACAGCCGUUUCAACAAACCUAUUUCUUUAGGCAUUUUGGAAAACAAUUAAGGAGCGCAGGCUUUGAUUUCCCAUUUUAAACAUCUGACAAAAACCCCCUCCGUUAUGUUUUGAUGGAUGUCCAUAAUCUAUUUUGGAUGCUCCCUAUUUUGCCAUGGGUCGGAUGCGCCUAUUGAGGAGACACUGAACAAGGGAACAACGACUAUUCAUGUUACAGCUCUGGAUGGCCUUGUCGAUGUCAAUUCCCUGUUUACGGUUGCAGUUUUUGUUGGGCUAUCUUUGGCAAAACCUGGCCAGAGAAGCUUAGAUGACUCAGGUACCUAUAAUGCAGGUGAGGAUAUUGCUAGGAACCUUUUGAUAUUUGAGGUGGCAUCAUUCAGUGCAUUUCUGUUUUCAAGGUUGAUUGCACAGGGUUUGAAGUUAGCAAUCAUGCUAAUCAAUAGCAAACAAGUUGAUGAUGCAUUCAGGGCUCAUAUCAACAACAAGAUGUUGAGGCUUGGAAUGCUUGCUUCUGCAAUUGGAUCUGUAAUGGGAUGUGUUUUUUUGAUGAUAUCAAUGGUCAAUGUUAUACAGAUCAGGCUUGGUGUAUUGUCCUGUGGGAAUAGCUCCACUGUAAAGGCGACUGUAAGUCUGGUUGCUUUAGUUUCAACAGCUCUGAUUAUCUAUAUCUCUACUGUCUUUUAUGCCUUUACUCAUUAGAGCAGCGAGAUUCAGCCACAAGCCAGACAUAAAUGUGAUGCACUGCUAUUCCCAAACUUGAGAAGAAUAUUGUAACCUACAUCAAGAUGCUUGUUUUUUAAUGUCCACGAUUUAUGUGAUGAGGAGCAGGAUUCCCUCUAAAAGUGUCACUAUUCUGGUAAUUACAAUACUGCGAAUGUCAAAACAUUUGCGGCCUGCAGCCCUUGCACUACCACCAUUGAUAACUUCUGGUUCUGUUCCUAGCCGAAAAGAAUGGCAGUUGUCGCUUUAAUAUCAACAAAAAAGAUACGAUGAUGGGGAUGUCCUAGAUGAGUUUAUACUUUAUUUUGUAUGUUUCAGGUCUAAACUCUGUGAUGAGUACAAUUUU